AUGUCAUCAACAGCUUCCUUGUUUCAUCGCCCUGAAUUGUUUGGCCUUAAUCAACCCGUUGCUCCUAGCGUUGUGCAUGGAAAAUGGUUCACUUCGAAUAGCAAGAAAUUCUUUUCCGUUGAGAAUCCAUCAGACACCCAAGAAGUCGGUAAAGUAACCGAUAUGACUGUGGAUGAGACCAAAAAAGCUAUAGAGGCCGCUUCGGACGCUUUCAAAUCCUAUAAAAACUUAACCCAUGUACAGCGAAGCGAACUAUUAAGUCGCUGGGCUACCCUGAUAGAGGAAAACAAAGAAGAUUUGGUAAAGAUGCUCACUAUGGAAAAUGGUAAACCUCUUUCGCACUCUGAUAUGGAGGUUUCUGCUUCAAUUGGCUAUAUCAAAUGGUAUGCAGGAGAAGCUGUUCGUGUUUUUGGUGAUGUCGCACCUUCCAGCUUGCAAAUGAACAACUUUAUCUUGUCCGUAAAGCAACCCGUCGGCAUUUCCGGUUUAAUAACACCAUGGAAUUUCCCUAGUGCUAUGGUUACUCGAAAGGGAGGUGCUGCAUUGGCUGCUGGUUGUACUAUCGUUAUCAUGCCUUCGGCUAGUACUCCUUAUUCUUGCCUUGGCCUUGUCAAACUUGCACAGGAAGCUGGUUUCCCUGAAGGUGUUAUCAAUGUUGUCACUACUUCCAAUGUUAGUGAACAUGGCAAAGAGCUAACUACCAAUCCUUUGAUCCGUAAAAUCUCUUUCACAGGAAGUACAAAUGUCGGAAAAAUCCUUAUGAGCCAAAGUGCUAGUACGGUGAAAAAGAUUUCAAUGGAACUGGGUGGAAACGCCCCUUUCAUUGUUUUUCCCGACUUCCCUGUUGAUCAAGCCGUGCAAUCACUCUGCAAUAUCAAAUUCUUCAGUGCUGGUGAAGUUUGCGUCUGCCCUAACCGUGUCUACGUUCACAAGGACAUAUAUGAAGAAUUCAGUAAACAGCUUCUAGAGAAAGUCAAAAGCAUAAAGGUCGGUGACGGACUUGAUCCUUCUACCGGUUUAGGUCCUUUGAUUUCCAAGCAAGGAUGUGAUAAAAUGGCAAGCCAUAUUGAGGAUUCUGUCUCAAAGGGUGCCAAGUUAUUAGCAGGCGGCAAGCCUAUUACCGACAAAGGUGGAUACUUUUUUGAACCCACUGUUCUUACAAACUUGAACCAAGAUAUGAUCGUCGCCUGCGAAGAAACCUUUGGUCCAUUGAUUUCCCUGUUCCAAUUCGACAAUGUUGAUCAAGUUUUAGAGUGGGCUAAUGACACCGAAGUUGGCUUGGCUGCUUAUGUUUUUUCAAAGGACGUCACUACCUUAGUCCAUGUGGCUAAAGAGCUCGAAGUUGGUCUCGUUGGUGCAAACAUUGAAUUGGUAGACGAGCCUUUCAUGUCUUUUGGUGGUAUCAAACAGAGCGGUUUCGGAAAAGAAGCCGGUCGUCAUGGUGUUGAAGAGUUCAUGAUCAUCAAAGAAAUAAACCUUAAGACUCAAUGA